CAGUAGUAUAGUAGAGAGAGAGAGAGAGAGUAAAGCAGCAGUAGUAGUGCAUCACAGUACAGUGCGAGUACGAUGGCCCACGGAGUUACUACUACUGUACCGUGAGCAGACGGCCUCGCAGAGGGACCAUCGCAGAGAGGCCAGAAUACAUACAUAUAUCGCACGCUACGCAAAGUGUCCAUCUCUGCUGCGGCUGUUGUGCGUACGUGUGUGUCAAUAUAUAAGUGUUGGUCUCUCUUAAAUUUCAGCACAUCGAUCGAAUCACAUCGCGAGGUUCGGUAGAUGUCCUAUUGUCACAGCUCGUCGAUCGUGCAUAAUCUUUAAAAGGACUCGUGUGGUUUUUAAAUUUUGACGCGAUCCGCGGUGGUGCGUUAAAAAAGGAGUGGAAGAAGGAUACGAAAGCAUAGCGAGGACGAGCGAAUGAAUACAUAUAAAAAAUAUAUCUAUAUAUAUAUCAACAAGAGACAAAGUCCGAAGCGAGUCGAGUCGAGAGCGGUGUAUAACCGUAUAUGAGAUACAUUCGUUAAAGCCGAUAUAUCGCCGACCCAACAACUGCCGUCAUCAUGGAUUUCCGCUUCGACGUCAAUAAAAUAUUCCCAAAGAGAAUCAACAAAAUCACUCAGACCCUGCUGCCCGAGGGCUUCCGGGGCGAUCGACGCGAGUACAACGACACGCAGCGACUGCUGUCGAGAAUAAUCGACGACAUCGGCGAGGCCUCGGCCAAGGCCCAGGGCCUCAAUCGGACCAUCACGACGGCGCAAAAGCUCAGGGAUACCGAUCACAUUGUUUACCUCAUGGUCGAUAAGAACGGAAACAAUGGCAACGGCAGCGUAGUCGGCCUCCUGAAAACCGGCUCGAAGACGCUCUUCAUGUUCGACGAGGACGGCGCCCAGUAUCGCCUGACGCCCCGCUGCAUACUCGACUUUUACAUUCACGAGUCGCGCCAGCGGAUGGGCCUGGGCAAGGAGCUUUACGAGUUCAUGCUCAAAGAGGAGAGCAUUCAACCCAUCAAGUUGGCUAUAGACCGGCCGUCGGAAAAAUUCCUCAAGUUCCUGGUGAAGCACUAUCAUCUGGAGCGCGCAAUACCGCAGAAUAACAAAUUCGUAGUUUUUAAGGGCUUCUUCGAUAACGAAGUCGAAGAUGCCGAAAGCGCCAAAGUGUUCACUUCGCCGCUGACGAAUAAUCGUGCUAUCGAGUACUCGGCGAGGACCAACAGUAUCGUUGACUCACCCUCUCGGGCCGGCUCCAGGUGCAACAGUAUAAACGGAACGCCGAGCAAAUACUCCAUUGGCCGAUACGCCGCGUCUCGCCCCCCAAGUUUCAUGGCUGAUAUUAUACACAAUGUCGCAACUCCAGAAAAACAUAAAUUCAACUCAAGGACCUGCACCGAUACUAAAAACUUUUACGGCGAUUACUCGCUGCCGCAAAACGGCUCGACCUCCACCGGGGCCACCUACUAUCACGACGAGAUCGCCGCGGAGGACGUGGUCGAUCGAGCGGCCGAGGUCCAAGCCAAUUACGAGGCCGACCACCAGCCGUACAACACCUGCGACGAGGAUCGGGCCCCGGCCGGCUUCAAGGAGCACUGGCAAACCAAGACGUCGCCACCCGAACAGACGACGACGGAGGAGGAUAAGAGUCUGGCGAAAAAUGUCGGCCAAUUGAGCCUGGAUAACGGCGGAGGGGAUGACAAGGCCUCGAACAACGGCCACGACGACAAGAACAGUAGAUUCGACGAGGAGGAGUAUCGGAAUCCGGCUGGCGAGGACGCGCAGCUGCCCUACGGCGCUCAUCUCGAUAUUAAAUUCUACCACUCGCCUUUGUGGUAAAGAGCAAAUUUGACAACAAAAUGACAUGGGUGAAAAAAUAAUGUGUAAUCGUGCAUGCAUCCUAAUUCAUACAUAUAAUAAAUUGAUGAUUAUCGUAUAACAGGUAAGCGACGGGUAUCGAAUUUAUAUAAUUUCAAAUUAAUAAUGGCCUUUCGAUAUGAGCUUAUUCGUGAAUCAUUAAAGUCACUCGGUAAAUUGAUAUCGAUUCAAUCGAGACAAAAAUUAACGGCACAUAAUAUAUAUCCGCUAUUAUUAAUUAAUGAACCAAAGUGGAUAAUUUCCUAUUAUGAUUUAAAUCGAUUCCAUUCAAUGAUUCCUGUAUAAUCAGUCCUUGAACCCUUCAAUAAUAGAGACAAACCGCAAUUAAUACUUAGUUACAGCAUUUACGAAUAGCGAUAUACCAAUGAUGCCCCCAGUAAUAGAUCGUCAUUAUAUACGAGCACCGAUCAUAUAUUUAACGUAUUUACCUUCAGCAUUUAGUAAGAUUAUGUAAAACGAUUUGUUGAUGUUUGUUUACGACGUGUACUUGUAAAAAUAUCGAGACUAGUCCGUUCGAUUAACCAUGCGACAAUAAGUUGAAUUAUUCACAUGAUAUAUUUAUCUAUGAUUUAGAAUCGAUGUUACGAUGAAUGUUUUUAGUGCAAAAUUAUAAAAAGGAUGUGUUAAUUUUGAUCUGUUGAGUAUGUUCCAAUUAUGUAUACACAAAAUAUUGUUAAAAUCGUAAUACUUUAACACUUGCAUUUAUUAGCUUAAAUGUAUAAUUUGUGUAUAGUUAAUUUUAUACUUCAUAAUUGUCUAAGUUUUUAGAACAAUGCUAGACUUUAAAAUAUUUUACAGUUAACUCUUCAUCAGUAUUGCUUAGUUGAGCUUCAUUAUAUUUAUAAUAUAUGUAUACACACCACAUUUCUAAAUGUUUAUUCAUCUGACAAGAUUGCAAGGGAUCAAUUGAAUAUUUAUCAGAUGCAAAUUAAGUAAAACAAUUAAUUGCUAUUCAUGUAACAUGAAACAUUUUCAAAAG